ACUUCAGUCUCCCCUCCACCGCCGCCACAAGAUUGCUAACUUCACAUUGAAAGCACUGUUUUCUAGAAGCGUGUUGUUCCUUGUUGUGCACCUCGUUUUGUUUGUUGUUCUGCUUUGAUACAACUAUUAAAUUAUGGCGGACGACGAAUACGACGAUAAUGAUGUGCGCGACGACUUCGACGACGAUGUUGAGGACGACAACAUCGAAGAACUUGAGCAACCGGAGGAGGAAGGCGACAACAUCGAUAUUUUGGCCCCAGGACAAGCAGGGGGAGGUGUACCCAAAAAUAAAAGAAUAACCACCAAGUACAUGACUAAAUACGAAAGGGCUCGGGUCUUAGGUACUCGGGCACUGCAAAUAGCCAUGUGUGCACCUGUUAUGGUGGAACUGGACGGAGAAACUGACCCUCUACAAAUCGCAAUGAAAGAGUUGAAGCAGCGUAAAAUUCCCAUCAUUAUUAGGAGGUAUUUGCCUGAUCAGUCCUAUGAAGACUGGGGCAUUGAUGAGUUGAUUAUUAUUGAUCAUUGAGGUAUUCAAGUAUUAGUAAUAAGUUUUGUAUAUACAAUAUUUUAUUAAUAAAAAGCUAUAAAUAA